AUCUAUUUCCCUGUCACAGCUGGAUCUUCGAAGCUUUCAAUUGAAAGAUAUUUUGUAACUCGAGAACUAUGGCUGCAGCUGCUGUACUGAAAAGUUUAUUUAGAAUUCUCAGACAGUUAUGAAAGGUGUUUAUGAAAUACAGACUGCAAGGCAAGGUUGCAUUGAUCACAGGAGGAUCAGCAGGACUCGGUGAAGCCACCGUUAGGCUGUUUGCCAAUCAUGGAGCCAGAGUCAUAAUUGCAGACAUUGCAGACGAAGACGGUAUAAAAGUGGUGGAAACCCUUUCUCCCUGGGCGACAUAUAUCCACUGUGACGUGAGCAAAGAGCAAGAUGUAAGCGCAGCAGUGGAUUUAGCUUUGGAAAAGCAUGGAAAACUAGACAUAAUGUUUAAUAACGCAGGAAUCACUGACUUCCAGAAGGGGAGCGUGGCAGAGUAUGAGAUGGAGCAAUUCGAGCGAGUGAUGAGCGUAAAUGUAAAAGGAGUAAUGCACGGCAUUAAGCACGCAGCCCGUGUUAUGAUAUUGCAGAGGCUGCUCUGUAUCUGGCCAGCGAGGGAUCUAAAUAUGUAAGCGGUAAUAAUAUUAUGGUAGAUGGAGGAUUGACAAUUGUAAACAACGACUGGGCAUUUUACCGGUGAUCAAUGGCAGACUCCUAAGCCAAUUCCACAUAAGAUAUAAUGUAGGACCACCAUGUAGUUGGAUCUUUGAUAAUAUCGUGAAUUCUGCAAUCUAUUUUGUCUUAUAUUGUGUGGCAUAGUUUAUUUGAGAAAUAAAUGUCAUUUCAGAUUGGUUUGGAUUA